UCACCACAACCUCUCUGACUCCACCUGAGGACAGCAGGCGAGACAGCAGCUCAGCUCAGGAUCACUACUGCCAGCGCAGAGGAAGACAUGGUGUCAAUCAAAGUUACGGUGAUGGCGAUCACGCUCGUCACUCUUUGUCUGCUGGACACAAAUCACGCCGUGAAUCAUAAAUGCUGUCCAAGAUACAUGACAGUCAAAAUACCAUUCAGUGCUAUUAAGGGGUACUCAGUCCAGACUGUCAGAGAGAUGUGUCCCUUUGAUGCCAUCAUUUUCCACACAAAGAAGGGUAAAGCGUGCACCGAUCCUGCUUUGGACUGGGUGAUGGACUACGUCGAGCGUAUCAAGACAAGGGCACAAAAAGUGCACGAGACCUCACAACACCUCACAAGACCUCACAAGGGCAGAUGAAGAAGUGACUCCAGCUACCAAAAAAAAAAUAUAUCUAUUUGAGCUUUGCCUGUGAACAAAGAUUCUUCACUGUUCUACAAUUUAACUGCUGUCAGUAAAAGCUGUGUUAUUAAGCUGUGCAUAUGAGCUCAACUGUAAGAGCGUUGUAUAGUAUUAUUUUCUUAUUUUUAUAUUCUUUGUAAAUGUAAGAUUUUGCACUUUGUAUUAAAGUUUUGUUGAAAAAA